GUCAUUAAGCUGAAAGAGAGGAGAUUGCAAUGAGAUCUCAGGAAGAAAUGUUUUGCUGUGAGGGUGGGGAGGCCCUGGCCCAGGUUGCCCAGAGCAGUGGUGGCUGCCCCAUCCCUGGAGGGGUUCCAGGCCAGGUUGGAUGGGGCUUGGAGCCCCUGAUCCAGUGGGAGGUGUCCCUGCCCAUGGCAGGGGGUGGAACUUGGAUGGGCUUUGAGGUCCCUUCCAACUCAAACCAUUCGUGAUUCUAUGAUCUCUGGUGCUAGGGAAAGGCGCGAUCCCUUCUACUGUUUGGAGUUGAGGAGUGGCUGCACUUUGUCCGUUUCCAUCCCUUCUUUGUUUAAAGCCCCUUUUCCAGGCUGGAAGGCUUCUGCCAAAUGCGGGACAGGGGGAACUUUUACUGGGAGAUGGAUGUUUCCCCAGCCACCUGCUUAUCACGGGCCCCAGGGCUGCAUCUGUGCACUCCCGCUUCCUUUCCAAGCCCUAGGCUCACACCCAGCCCCGUGUUUAUCUGUUGCUGUUUCUUGGACUCUGUAUUCCAUAUCUUAAAUUCACUUUCUGUAUGAGUCACAUACUUGUGGAGUUAACUUGGGCCAGAGCGUGUGCUUGUGACCUUCAGAAAUCCCCGGAGAGGAAGGAGGGGAGUACUGGGAGCUGGUACCAGCUUGGAGAUGUGGGAGCAAAAGCUGAUGCUCUGAGUUUGGGCUGAGGAGCUGAGUCCAGGUGCUGAGCACGAUGCUGGCUCCCCUUUUGGGACUGAGGAUGCUCCUUGGGGUUGCCAUCGUCAGGAAUGAAAGCGGGCGCUCCUGUCUGCUUGGCUGAACCUUGGGGAGCUCGAAGCAUCCUCACCACCCUGAGUACCAUCCUCCUUCAUGGCUUCAGCUCCCCUCCAAUGCUGGAGCGGUUUGCUAGAUGCUUCCUUGCCCACGUUUGGCUCUUUGAUGGGAUGCAGAGGACCCCCUGAAUUGGAACUGAACUGUGGUUCAGUCCUGUUUCUAGAGGCUGGGCUGUAUUGUCCUGUACUGGGUUUUAUAACUCCUGCUUCACUGUAAAUGGACCAGGGACCUCUGUGACCAUCGGAUGCGAAGGAAAAGCAUUUCCCUUCUCAGUUGUGAAAGCCUGUGGGGUCACAGCUGGGAUAUUGCAAACCCUGACCUGCCCUGCACACGUCAUUCGGAUCUAGGAAGGGAAUUGCCCUCAACGUCUGAGUUUUAAUGUCUUAUAAGACAGGAAAGUAUUUUGUGAUACUUGAGCCAUAAAUGCUGCUGUAAGUGGAUCCAUAACCAGCUUUGCUGGAGGUUUAGGAGCUUAUCUUUAGGAAUACGUAAUAUCCAGCUAAUGCUGUCGAUGAAGAGUGCACCUUGGGCUGCGUCUUUAUCCUCCCGUUCCCAGAUGCCCCUGGGAGGCAGAGUUCUCCGUGAAUCUUGUUUCAGCCACUGCUGGCUUCCCGCUGGAGCUGCUGUGCUGAGAGUGCCGUUCUGCUUCCAAUGAAACGGGAGAUCUUGGGGAGAAAUGUUUUGCUGUGAGGGUGGUGAGGCCCUGGCCCAGGUUGCCCAGAGCAGUGGUGGCUGCCCCAUCCCUGGAGGGGUUCCAGGCCAGGUUGGAUGGGGCUUGGAGCCCCUGAUCCAGUGGGAGGUGUCCCUGCCCAUGGCAGGGGGUGGAACUGAAUGGGCUUCCAACCCUUCCAACCCAAACCAUUCUUUAGUUCUACAGCCAUCUGUACCCUGUCCCAGUUUGAAGCCAAAGCUCAGUAAGGCUCAUGGCUGGAUUGAAAGCCACAGCAUUUUUUUUUCUUUACCCUGACUGCAGGCUUCUUCUGGGGCUGUCUGAUGGGCCUUUGGUUUUUUCUCCCUUCCUUCUCUUUCUCCUCUCACUCUGUGGCAGCAGGUCCUGUGAUGUGGUCAGUCUUGAGGUGAUCUCCAGCUCCACAUCAGUGGGCUCAUUCCUAGUCCGGAGACAUGCUAGUUUAUUGCUUUACUGCCAUAUCUCCUCAUGGAGGGGAGGGCAAGCCUCAUGGGCAUCUGCCUUCAAUGCUGCUUUUCUUCUGAGAGCAUCAUGUUAACUUGGGGAGAAGAGGAAUUUAUUUGUCUGUGGGAUUAGCUCUGCCGUGGGAAGCGUUGGCCUUGUGUCUGGCUCGUGCUCUGUCUCAGUCUCUGGGUGAAGGCGCUCGUAGCCCUUGCAUCUCCUGUGAUUCAAACCUUAGCCACCCUGUUAAAACUCUUUUGUCAGCCUAAGUUAAAAUUCCUGCUCCAAACCGGUGUUACCUUCUCCUUAGGUGGGGGCAGAUCCCAAUGGAGCUGCUAUUGGCUCAAAAAUAUCCCUGCCCAGCAUGGACAGUGAUGGGGAGCCUGGAAAAAAGGUGUUCCAGGCCAGGUUGGAUGGGCCUUGGGCAGCCUGAUCCAGUGGAAGGUGUCCCUGCCAUGUGGAACUUGAUGAGCUUUAAGGUCCCUUCCAACAUUCAUAUUCUAUGAUUCUCUGAAAAGCAGAGCGAAAGGUGUAGCUGAGAACUUGGACUCAGCAAACACUGUGCUGCUCCAUGCGAUUCCUUUGCUGGGGGACGGAGUCUGGCUGCAGGAGAGCAAAAGCCCUUCCCGAAGGAGCAGGAUGCAAAACACGGCCCCUGCAACCUCACAAAGAGAGCGCUGCUCCUAGCGUGCCGCCAGCCGCCCACUGCCUGUGGUUCAUCCCAGGAAUAUUUGUCUGUGCAGUUAACCUGUCUCCUGGAGUCGUGACCCAGCUUGUCGGCUUAACUCAGCGCCUGCGGAGCCUGCAGCGGAUUAGCUCUGCCUCCGCACGCAGCCGGCUUGGAAUUGCGAGCGGGAUCCGUGGAACCCUUCCAGGAGAGCUGUGUCUCUGGCAUCGCUACGGAUGCAGAUGUCGCGUAAGAGGCAAGAAAAUGGGCUCAACAUCAGUAACACUUCAGGCUCUGACAGGGAUUCCUGCUAUGCUGCGGCCACUUCUGGGCUUGCAAGUGAAGAUUUUUAAAGUUCAGCCUCUGCUGCCCGACCUCCCCCUUUUGGGAAGAAGUGACCUUUUACAGAAGUUACUUUCUUGUGUGGCUUUUCCACCCGCCGUGGGGAGGAUGCCUGGGGGCUGAGGGGGCACCCCAUGCUGGAAAUCCAGCCUUGCGUGCAGAGGAUAGAGGCGCUUUGGCCUUCCCUCUUCCCUGCUAGAAAGGGUUCUCCAGCCCCAUCCUUACCUGCUUCCAGUGAGGAUCUGCUUGUGGUGGGAGCUCCAUCACACAAACCCCGUAACGUCCCUUCUGCUGUCGCCACGUGGGCUGGAUCCAUCCGUGAGCUCCAAGAUCAGGACCAGAUGAGCAGCGGGAGGUUGCUGUGAAGAUCAGAGUCACCCCAGCCCUGCCCCGGGAAGUGACCCAGCAGCGCUGCGUCUCUGGUUGUCAUCGCUACGGACCUGGAAAAGAAGAAAGAGAAGAAAAAUGUCCCAUGCUUUAAAGCAAGUGUUCAAUAAAGACAAAACCUUCCGGCCCAAGCGUAAGUUUGAGCCGGGGACUCAGCGGUUUGAGCUGCACAAGAAGGCUCAAGCCUCGCUCAAUGCUGGCCUGGACUUGAAAGUCGCCGUCCAGCUGCCACCGGGCGAGGAGCAGAACGACUGGGUGGCUGUGCACGUGGUGGACUUCUUCAACCGCAUCAACCUGAUCUACGGUACCAUCAGUGACUAUUGCACAGAGCAGUCCUGCCCCGUCAUGUCGGGGGGACCCAAGUACGAGUACCGAUGGCAGGACGAGCACAAGUACCGCAAACCCACAGCCCUCUCUGCUCCCCAGUACAUGAACCUCCUGAUGGACUGGAUUGAGGUACAGAUCAACAACGAGGACAUCUUCCCCACCAAUGUCGGUACUCCCUUCCCCAAGAACUUCCUCCCAGUGGUGAAGAAGAUUCUCUCCAGGCUCUUCCGAGUCUUCGUCCACGUCUACAUCCACCAUUUCGACAGGAUCACCCAGAUGGGGUCGGAAGCCCACGUGAACACUUGCUACAAGCACUUUUACUACUUUGUGAAAGAGUUCAAUCUCAUAGACACCAAGGAGCUGGAACCACUGAAGGAAAUGACCUCCCGGAUGUGCCACUGAGAUCAGACCCUCCUGCUCCCACCUCGGCGUCUCUUCUGAGGACUCAGAGUCUCACUCCUGCGUUGGAGACAUGAUUCAAGGGGAGAACAGAGACGUUUUGUUAAAGAAAUCUCUAUAUUUUUAACGAGUUUCAAUGUAAAACUGUGAUAUUGCAGGAAUAUUUUUUUAAAGAUGCUCUAGAUUAACUAGUUUUUUAUAGUAAUUUCUAUAAAAAAAAGAAAAUAUUUGGGGCCUCUUGGUGGAACUGCUUGCUCUUUGAGGAGGGAAGAGCCGCCCUGUGUUGCCUCGUCCCUGUCUCCUCACUGCAACGGCACCAAGCAAGCCGAGCCAGAUGCUUCAGACAGAGCCGUGUUGUGUAGCUGGUGCUGCCAUGGAAGCGGUACUUCCCUCUGGACACCCAUUUCCCACUCGUGAAGGGAGGUUACGUGGGGAUUGGGGAAGAAAUGUUGGUGUACGUGGAUUCCCUGAGGUGCUGUUUGGUUCCAGCACCUCUUCCACUGGCUGUGAAUCCAGUUUUUGGACAGAGCUGCUUUUGUGUUCGCCCUCUGCUUGGCAUCCUCUCCCCAAGGCUUGGCCCACCUUGCUUUCCCUCUGAAAAAAAGUUGGACUUGGAUUUCUUCCUUGGCUGGACCAGUGCUGCUGCUGCUGAUGGAGCCGUGCUGGAGCGCUGCCGAUGUGAAUCUGCUCUUGCAUUUUAUACCAGCUCCAAGCUGAGCUUUGCCCCGUGCACAGCCCUGGCAGCAUCAGGCCAACCAGACCUGUGCCUUGUGGUCAUGAGCAGAGGGAAUGCGCUGGAAAAGGCGUGGGGAAGUCUUCUCGAACACCUGCACUUCUCCACCUCCUUGUGGUACGCUGACCCUGCUGAGAAGGAACUGGGCUGCUUGCUUUCCAGCUGCCCGUGGACCAUUUUCUGCUUCCCGUUAGGGUAUGGAGCCUUCUCCCUGAGCAGCACAUCCCACUCAGCUGCACAAAUCUCAUAACCAAAGUCUCUGGUGUGAAGGCAGAGACCACAGCCCUCGCCUGCUGCUUCCCCAAGCGACUCUGCUGCCUGCCGAGAGCUUUGCAGCGCCCCAAGGUAGGUAGAUGGCUCUACCUAAGGGUCUGGGGUUACAGUGAGGGCAGAGGUUUCUAUGAACAGGGACCAAACCACCACUAACUCAUUCUUCCUUACCAAGUUUUCCUGUGUCCUGGAAUCUCUGUACGUACGUGACUCUCAUUUCUUGUACUAUCGUUAGGACACUCGUACAAAUACCACUAUAAUUCUCUGAAAUGGAUCCAAUAAAUUAUGGUGUAUUUACAUAGCGCACUCCGAUUGCU